GUCUCGAGCAACGUCGCCUCCUCCAUCGCUCCUCGCACAGCUCCAUCGCCGCCGGUCUCCAACGCUGUCGCCUCCGCCACCAGUCUCCAGCCCCGCCGCCGCCGCUACCGGUCCACGCCGCAAGGUCGCCGCCCCAAGAAAGUCGUCGGCUGUGGAACGGGGGAAUUGAAAGAGUGGGAUCAAUGUCAACUACUUCUUGGUAAUGCAAAUGUGGAUGAACAUGGAAAUGUUACUGAACUUGGGGAUUGUAGUAGCAUGUACCUGGACAAGGAUGGUGAAGAUCGAUCGUGAAAUCAAUAUUUUGUGUGCAAUAUGCUUCUUGAGGGGCAAGGCAUCUGAAGCAUUGGAGAACCGUGCACAAGCUCGACUAUGGUACAAAGCUGCCAUCAAAGUUGAUCCUUUGUGUUACGAGGCCUUAGCAUGCCUUGUAGAGAAUCAUAUGCUCACUUGUGAUGAAGAGGCAAGCCUACUCUCAUCAUUACUGUUUGGUGCUGAAGAUGGUUGGCUCUCUUCAUUCUAUUCUUGCUUCGUAAAGAAGGACAAAGGUGUCCUACCUUCAGAGAAGCUUGGUUUUAACAUUCAAAUUCCAUCCUCAUUAAAGAAGCAGCUGGUUGAUGAUUGUGAAUUUAUUACCCAUUUGGACAAGCUUGUCCAACUUUCUCGUUCUCCGAGUGUAAAUGAAAUACUAAGCAAGUACAAUGACUAUCGCCUAAAAAACGAUGGAAUAAUUGCUGAUUCAGUAAGCGAAAUUCUUAGUGGAUUGCAAUGUUACUUUGACAAAGCAUUGUCUGCUAUGCUCCUUUACAAGAAUGAGCGCGAGCAAUAUCAAGAAGCAAUUACAGAUGGAGUCUCUCCAUCUGUGUAUGGUGCUGAGCAUCUAUUACGUUUUGGUAUGCUCGUGUUUUUUGGUCUGCAGUUUCAAGUAGUUUAUUUUAAUUAUUAACAUUUAGAAUUUGUAGUUUAUUUAUAGUAAAAUGUUAUUAGAAUUGAAAUUUUAGAUUGGUGUGUUUUAGUUGAUAGAAUUGGUGUGUAGUAUACAUCUUAAAUUGAUUAAUGUUGAAAUAUAUUAUCUGGUAGUUA